AUGUCGCGGCAGAAAGCUCUGUUCCUCACCGCCGCAAAGGGCUCUUUUGCCGUUGGGACUGCCGCUGUGCCUCAACCAGGGCCGGGCCAAAUUCUUAUAAAGAUCUAUGCCACCGCUCUCAACCCCGUGGAUUGGAAGAUCCAAGUUCAUGAUUUCUUCAUCAGAGAGUAUCCAACCAUCCUCGGGAUAGAUAUCGCCGGUACCGUCACUGACGUUGGCGAGGGGGUCUCGGGUUUCAAGCUCGGCGAUAGAGUCAUUACCGAGGCUCCUAUCGGUGAGUCUGACCAGGCAUCCUUCCAGCAAUUUACUCUCGCGUCCGUGAAUGUUACCGCUAAGAUCCCUGCUUCGCUCUCAUUCGAGGAGGCCGCAUCGAUCCCGCUUGGUCUUACUACCGCUGCGGUGGGCCUCUACAACAGAGUCGGCGGUAUUGGGCUGUUCCCCCCUUGGGAGGAAGGCGGACGUGGUCUGUACCGUGGAAAACCUUUCGUUGUCAUGGGCGGUGCCAGUUCAGUAGGGCAGUACGUGAUCCAGCUGGCCAGGCUCUCCGGCUUCAAUCCGAUUAUCACCACUGCUUCCAAGUCCAAUGCCGAUUAUCUUGCUGCGUUGGGUGCCACACACAUUCUGGACCGCAGCCUCUCCCCAGACGCUAUCCGGACUGAGGUGUCCAAGAUCACGUCCGCCCCUAUUGAAGCUAUCUAUGACGCCGUGUCGUUUCCCGAGACACAGAAUCUCGCCUACGACAUCCUCGCUCCCGGCGGAUGCCUCAUUAUUGAUUACCAGCUCGCCAUAGAUGAGGCCAGGAAGACGUCUGACAAGCGUGUCGAGUACGUGUACGGCAUUGUACACGCACCUGCAGCUCGCACCCUGGGAGCCAGCCUCUUUGCGAAACUAUCUCAUCUGUUGAUAGAGGGUGCCAUUCGACCCAACCGUGUCGAGAUGCUGCCGAAUGGAUUGGAGGGCAUCAUAAGUGGUCUGGAGAGACUUCAAAAAGGUGUGAGCAAUGUGAAGCUUAUUGCGCUUCCGCAGGAAACAUCGUGA